AUGGCCUCAAGGCCGCGGAUGAUGCUCCCGCUAGCCAAACGGGUCAACAGCACAGGCUCCGCCAAUAUUGUCAAGUUCGACCAGGAUCGCGCGAGGGCUACGAGGCAGCGCUCUCAAGCAAGCGACGCGACAGGUCCUGCGGGAGGCAGUUUCGCUGUCGGGCAGGCUUUCAACGACGUCGCAAUUUCUCAAGCUGUUAGCUACGUCGUCGAGGUUCUCGUUGGCUCAACUCCAUAUUCACUCCUGGUAGACACGGGUAGCUCGAACACCUGGGUGGGUGCGGGGAAGCCAUUCGUACCUUCUGCAUCUACUAGGCCGACGGGAGACAUCGUCUCUGUUACCUACGGAAGUGGAUCUUUUACGGGCUUUGAGGUCAUCGAAAAUGUCACUCUGGCCGAUGGUCUCAAUCUUCCGAGUCAGUCUAUAGGCGUAGCAGCGCAAGCCAUGGGAUUCGAUGGGGUGGACGGUAUCCUUGGCGUCGGGCCGCAAGACUUGACCUGUGGGACGCUUAUCAACAAUCCGAAGAAAUGCUUGUCCACCGUGACCGAUACUGCGUGGGACUUGGGUCUUCUUGACAGCUACGAACUUGGCAUCUCCUUCAGCCCUUCACAGUACGUGGAUCAGAAGAACGGCGAGAUGACUUUUGGGGGCGUCGAUCGUUCAAAAUUCGACGGAGAUCUUAGUUAUGUGCCCCUUACCACCGUCUCGCCGGCCAGCCAUUUCGUUGGUUACGACCAGUCGAUCAGGUAUGGCGACAUGGGAAGUGUCCUUGAUACCGCUGCGGGUAUCCUUGACACAGGCACUACGCUCAUUUUGAUUGCCUCGGAUGCGUUCCAGAGAUAUCAGGACUUCACCGGAGCCAAGGCGGAUGACGACACCGGACUUCUGAGCAUCACGCAAGAACAAUACGGAAAUCUUCAAAACCUGUAUUUCAAGAUCGGAGAUAUCGACUAUGCGUUGACUCCGGAUGCCCAGAUAUGGCCGCGCGCGCUCAAUGCCGACAUCGGCGGAGCGGAGGACGGCAUAUACCUCAUCGUCGCUGACCUGCAGAGCGACUCCGGGAGAGGACUCGAUUUCAUCAACGGGAUGUCGUUCCUUGAGAGGUACUAUGCUGUGUACGACAUCGCUAAUUCGCGGAUCGGCCUCGCGAAAACUCACCACACCGACGACGAGACGAACCACUUAGAUUCACAGUAA